UGGCUUUCUUUCUUUUCUUCUGUUCUUCUCUCUUAGUGGUCAUUUCUUUCAAUUAUGUCAUCGAAGAAGAAGUCUAGUUUAGGUCGGCAAAAGAUCCCUAUUGAGAAAAUAGGGAAAAAAAGUCAUCUGCAAGUUACAUUCUCUAAGCGUCGUUCAGGACUCUUCAAGAAAGCUAGUGAGCUUUGCACCCUUUGUGGGGUAGAUAUUGCAAUUGUAGUUUUCUCUCCAGCUGAUAAGGCUUUCUCUUUUGGCCAUCCAGAAGUUGAGUCCAUCAUUGAUCGUUAUCUGACUCGAAACCCUCCACAAGAGUCUAGUGCUCACCUACUUGUUGAGGCUCAUCGAAAUGCAAAUGUUCGUGAUCUCAACAUGCAGCUGACUCAGCUUCUUAGCCAUUUGGAGAUUGAUAAGAAGCAAGGAGAAGAGCUUGAUCAUGUGAGGAAAGCUAGGCAGCGCCAGUUUUGGUGGGAAAGCCCUGUUGAUCAGCUUGGCUUGCAUGAAUUGCUUCAAUUAAAGGGUUCUAUUGAGGAGCUGAAGAAGGUUGUUGGAAAACAUGCUUCCAAAUUCAUGAUGGACCAAAACAAUAUAUCUCUACCAAUUAUUGGGGCUAAUGGCUUUGGACGUUAUGAUGCUUUUGAGAACAAAUAUGCUGCUGGGAUUAAUAUUGCUUCAACACCUCCUAAUGCCGGUUUUCGGCAUGGGUAUCUUUGAAUCGUUUUUUUUUUUUUUUUUUUCAG